CAAGGUUUCACAUCUCUAGGUACCGCCACACGUGCCAGACUUUGUUUAUAUUUUGCUGGUUUUGCUUUUUAUGGAUUUCGCAAAGAAGAUUCUUAGUAAAUAUGGCUGGAAAGAAGGCGAUGGUUUGGGCAAGAACAACACUGGCAUUGCAGCUCCUCUAAAGGCCAGUUUGAAAUUCGACAACGCCGGUCUGGGUGUCGAUCGGGCAAAAGAAUUCAAUGACCAUUGGUGGGAGCGUUGCUUCAACGAGGCUGCAAAUAAUGUGGAAGUCCAGGUGCAAACAGAUGGACAUGUGAAGACAGGUCGGAAAGAGGGUGAAGAUGCUGUAGAAAUAUCCACCAAGGGCUACUCAGCCCGCAAACUAAAUAAGGCCAACAAGGAAGUCGGCGGCACGGUUUAUGAAAACUUUAUGCAGACUACCUUACUUACGCAAAAUGGAGGAGAGGUCGAGACCGUACAGGCCAUCAAGGUGGAGGACAUUGCAGUGUCCAAGGUCAAUGUCCUCACCGAUGAAGAACUCUUUAAGGCUUGUGGUGGAAGAACAGCACACAAAGGAGCUCGUCAUGGCCUGAAAUUGAGUGGUAAGUUGGCCCGUUUGGAGCAGCAAGAACAAGAAAUGCUGGAGAAGCUUCAGGGAAAACAGACUCCAGCUGUAGAAGCAGAAUUAAAGGAAACUCCAAAAAAGAAGAAAAAGCAGAAGGAAAAAAAUGAAGAUUUACAAGAGGAACAGGAGCAGCAAGAACAAGAAAUGUUGGAGAAGCUUCAGGGAAAACAGACUCCAGCUGUAGAAGCAAAAUUAAAGGAAACUCCAAAAAAGAAGAAAAAGCAAAAGAAGGAAAAAAAUGAAGAUUUACAAGAGGAACAGGAGGAGGAGACCCCAGCUGCAGACCAUGUCAAAUCAAAAAAGAAAAAACGCAAGCAUAUUUCUGAAUUGCCCGAGGAUAGCGAAGUUCCAAAUAAAAAGAAGAAAAGCAAAAGGAUAUCAAACGAUUAGCUUUAGUGUAGUUAAUUAUAUUCUAAUUUAAAUUUGUAAAAAGUUGUUUAAUAAAUGAAUUAUUUUAUACCAUUUUUUGGUAUAAAAAGACGAUCCGUUAAUAGAAUUCUUGUGGGAGUCGCUAUUCCCAAGAAUCUAAAAACAUUCAAAGCAAAUGGGAAAAAGUAAUGAAAACUGAA